AUGUCUUCGCUUUGCGCCCUAUCCGUCAGCCGUUUCCUUCCGAUCCUAAUAGCUCCCAGCUCGACCCGAUGGCAAGCACAGAUCGACGCCGUCAGCGUCAUCCACACCGCCAAGAUGCGCGUACACCCCCAAUCGGCCGUCGGACUCAUGAGCAUGGGCGGAAACGGUCCCGAGGUUCUUUCGACAUUUACAACCGACUUUGGAGGUAUCCUGUCCGGUCUGCACCGCACCAAGAUCCACGGCACCGCCCAUCUGAGCUCGAGCAUACAAGUCGCCGGCCUCGCUCUCAAACACCGUUCCGAGAAAUCCCAACGCCAACGCAUCAUCGUGUUCUCGUGCUCUCCGAUCGAAGAAGAUGAGAAGACGCUCGUCAAGCUCGCAAAGAAGAUGAAAAAGAACAACGUUUCCAUCGACGUGGUGGCCUUCGGUGAUCUCGAGUCCGAUCAGACGAAGAAGCUGGAAGCCUUUGUGGAGAACGUCAAGGGUGGCGACGGCUCGCAUCUGGCCAUCAUCCCCCCUGGUCCCAACCUUUUAAGCGAGGAGCUCCAGGUCACCCCCAUUCUUGGCGGUGACACCGGCGCCGGUGGUGCCGGUGCUGAUGCCGGGGAUGCGAGUGGCUUUGGAUUCGAAGAUGCGGCCGAGAACGACCCCGAACUGGCGUUCGCCCUGCGCCUGUCACUCGAGGAAGAGAAGAACCGACAGGAGAAGGAGAAGCGAGAGCGCGAGGAGCAGGAACGCAAGGCCAACCUCGACAAUAUCCCCGAGGAAGGACAACCGGGUGUAGAGUCCAGCGGGAACAAAGACAAGAAAGACGAUGGGGACAAGAUGGACACGGCGUAA